AAGACCAAACUGACCAGGAGAAGAGGACUUUUAUAACUGACCUUUGAUUCAAGAAGGGUUCAUGUUCAAUUAAAUUCUGGACAUAGUCAUCACUCCAUUUGAUUUUGUAAAUUUUACACAACUUACAUCAUGUUGUCCAACUGUUACCAGAAGUUCUACACUAACCAGAUCCACUCCAGCUCACUGCUCUAUCAGCUGUCUACCAUGUGGAAAAGCCAAGUCCUUUGUGAUGCUGUCAUCAGAUCAGGCUCCACUGUUAUCAAAGCCCAUCGUGUAAUUUUAGUAGCUGCUUGCCCUAUGUUACAGUCCAUGGAAAAGUCUUCAAUAGGUUCCCAUCUGGAGGUCCGUCUGGCAUCAGACAUCGCAGCAGAUUCCAUAAACACAUUCCUACAAUAUCUGUAUGAAGGCUUUAUGAUGUUAACUGAGGAGAAUUGUAAAGAAGUGGAGAAAAUCGCCAGAUUGCUACAGGUUGAUAGUGUGAUCAAGUGUUGUGCAGACUUCAGUAAGUGUGUUAGCUUAAAAACAGGGACUGGAAACUUUAGUAAUGAACAGUAUCGCUAUACAUUCCAUGACAUGAUAGAGUUCCGCCAUGUUAGAUCUUCAGACUUACAGAAAACAGUGCAGGACAAACUAAAGAGGCCAUCCACAGAUUUCCUCAGAGCCGGGAGCCCAAGCACAAAGAGACCCAAGCAUUUCAGGAUGGGAAGCCCCUCAGAUAUAUCAGUGAUUGCAGAUAGGUUAUCGAUGGCUCAGAGUUACGCACAGCAAGAAAAACAAGUGAAUCACUCUGGUGCUGUGAACUCUAGUCAAAGAUCUAAUGGUAGUUCCCAGAAACAACCUGUGUUCCCUGUAGAGAUAGUGGAGGACAGUAUAGAACUUGUUCAGACAGAGGUCAACCCUGACACAAAUACUAUUAGUGUGGAUGAAGCAGUGUCUGUAGGAAUUGCCAGUCAGAUAGACAAUUCUUCUGAUUUACAGGUCAUUGACAUAUCAAAAGAUAAAUCAAACCACCCAAGUGCUAGCAACAAUAGUGCAGCCCAUUCCCACCAUCCACAUGAUUCCAUAACUGUAAAUCCUCUGGAAAACUUUGCCAACACAGAUGGUGCUUUGUCGAAUCUGAGAGAUUCUUCAUUUCCUCCACCUCUGACUUCUCAUCGAACAUUAUCUACAUCCUCAUCUAGACAAACUGAAGACGUACCCACUCUGCGUAGGUCAAAAGCAACUGAAAGACCUCCUGAUUCCUUGCCUUUACAAGCCAUGCAGCAUUUGACCAGGUCUUCAAAUUCUUCCCUAGUUCCUAGCAGUCCUGUACAGUCAAGUCAAGAUAUUCAGGGGGGCAGAUCAAUGUUUACAACUUCUGUUACUUCAGAGAGGGGCAGUAAGUCAGGCAGGGCUGGUGCUUCCCAGACAAAUGAUGGAAGGAAAGAAAAAAGCUCUCUGCAAGGUGAACCUGAUCUCAGUAUUGUAAAGAGUGAGACUAUGGACAAUGACAGCACACCUGGAGGACUUGAGAUGUAUGUGGACUCACUAGAUGAACCUCAUGACACGGGUCAGCGAGAUUCGGAGGCGGACGACACAGAAGGUGAUGUCACGGGUGACUGGAACAAAGAGGAUUUAUCAAUGGAGGGAAACAUUACUGGUGACCAAACAAUGUGGGUGGAUCCAAAUUUCAAAGAGCAUGGUUGGAUAAGCACACCACAUCGGGCAACAGAGGUUCUCACCCAACUGGCAAUGUAUGCAGCUCCACCUAGUGGUGGACUGACCCCCAUAGAACCCCCACCUCUUUCUGUGUAUGUCACGCCACCAAACGGAGGCAGUAGCAGACGCAAAAAGAAAAAGCAUUAUGAACCUGUAAUUGAUUUCAAAGAGAGUGUAAUUGGUAAGGAGGAUGACAAAUCCUUGGAUGAUUCAGUAUCUGCUGAUGGUGAAUUGAUGUCGGCCAGCAGUCUUGUGUCCACAAUGACUGAAAACGAGUUUGCUCAACUGUCAAGUAUGAUCCCUUCGUUCAGUGAUGUAAGUGUCCAUUGCACUGAGAGUUUGCAAGGCAAGCAAAAGAACUGUGUCCUCUGCAAGUAUUUGGGCAGAAAGACCAACGAGGGGCUCCUAAAGGUUAGAACCAGAGCCAAGUGUAACGCCUGUGAUACCCCUUUAUGCAAAGGACCACCAAGGAACUGUUUCCGUGACUUCCACGAAUUGUACAAGAAAUUCAAAUUUCCUGACUUAAAGUGGAGUCAUGCUUCAGUGUAUCAGUACCCAGGAAGAGGAGCAAAUGCUCGAUUUAUCAUCACUCCAGAUGUAAACGACAGUCUUCCUCCACAGUGACAAAACUAUCAUAGGUUACAAGAUGAAAGUUGUUUUUAUUCAAGAGAAAUUUUAUCAAUGAAACUAAGGUUGUACUGAGAGUAGGUAAUUGAUCAGUGUGCACCAGAAACUUUUUACAGCAUUAGACCAUCUUGGCUAGAAGUAGGCUUUAGUGAUAAUCUGGCAUCAUUUUGUACUUUACAGCAGUACAUGUAUGUGUAACUUGUAAAAUUCUAUAGGUAAAAGGUAUAGAAAACAAAACAGAAAAGAACUGUGAAGUGUUUGUUCAUAUUGAUGAUAAUUCAAAGAAAAUCACUUGUCAGCAUCAUAAAAACUACUGCUGACCUCCUUUUUGGAUCAAAAUUUGAUUAGAAGUUUUGGUGCAGACUGACUGAUUAUGACUUAAGACGAGGCUGCUCAUUAUAUAUGCAUGUACUUGUUUUUUGUUUUUAUCAUGUUAUUCCUUGGUGUUGGUUAUAUUGGUUAUAUUUUAAAAUAUUUAUCAUUAUUUGAAAUGCCUGACUUGCUCUGCAUGAUGAGGAAUAAAUUCAGGUGUCUUUUUUUUGCUGAUCAUUAUACAUUUUUCCUUGAUCUUCUUUGUGAAAUAUGACAUGACUUGAAAAAAAAUAUUGUACUUUGUUAAAUUUAAGGUUCACAAGUUCUGCAGUGCAAUAUUACUUAUCAGUGUUCACAACAAAUUAACUUUGGUAUGUUCCUGUAUGAAUGUGAGAAAAUUAAACCUGAAGUAUCAUUUAUACAAACUAUACUGAUGGAGUAUAGAUGUAUGCAAGUUAUUUAUUUUAACAGUGUAUUUCUUUUUAUUUUUGAAAUGCAUCAUUUAGAACAGACUUAUGAACUAAAAAUGUACACUUAUAAUUAUAAUUGUAAGUACUUCUAACUUUAUACAAAUGUUAUGUAGAUUUUUACAACAAAACUUUGGUGAUGAAGGACAGAGAUAAUUUACCUUAAUUAAUGGCAGUGGACAAGUAAUCUGUUCGUUCAUUGAACAUUCACCAACUACCCACCUAGAACUCUGUUCUAAAAUUUUGAUUACAUACUUUUUAGCUCACCUGAGCCGAAGGCUCAAGUGAGCUUUUCUGAUCAAAAUUUGUCCGUUGUCUGUCGUUGUCGUCGGUGUCGUCGUCGUCGUUGUAAACUUUUCACAAUUUCAUCUUCUUCUCCAGAACUACUGUGCCAAUUACAACCAAACUUGCCACAAAGUAUCCUUGGGUGAAGGGAAUUCAAGUUUGUUCAAAUGAAGGGCCACACCCUCUUUCAAGGGGAGAUAAUAAAGAAUUAGUGAAAAAUUAAUAGCAUCUUUUAAAAAUCUUCUUCUCAAGAACCAGAGGGCCAGGAAAGAUGAAACUCAUGUGUAAGCAUCCUUAGGUAGUGUAGAUUCAAGUUUGUUCAAAUCAUGACCCCUGGGGGUAGGGCGGGGCCACAAUGGAGGAUCAAAGUUUUACAUAGAUAUAUAUAGGAAAAACCUUAAAAAAAAUCUUCUCAGGAACAGCAGAGCCAUGAUGAGUCAUAUUUAUAUGGAAGCAUCCUCAGGUAGUGUAGAUUCAAGUUUGUUUAAAUAAUUACCCCCAGGGGUAGGGCGGGGCCACAAUGGAGGAUCAAAGUUUUACAUAGAAAUAUAUAGGAAAAAUCUUAAAAAAUCUUCUUCUCAAGAACAGCAAAGCCAUGAUGAGUCAUUUAUAUGGAAGCAUCCUCAGGUAGUGUAGAUUCAAGUUUGUUCAAAUCAUGACCCCUGGGGGUAGGGCAGGGCCACAAUGGACUAUCAAAGUUUUGCGUAGAAAUAUAUAGGAAAAAUCUUUAAAAAUCCUCUUCUCAGAAACAGCAAAGCCCUGAAUGAUCAUAUUUAUAUGGAAGCAUCCUCAGGUAAUGUAGAUUCUAUUUUGAUCAAAUCAUGACCCCGGGGGUAGGGUGGGGCCACAAUGGAGGAUCAAAGUCUUAAAUAGAAAUAUAUAGGAAAAUUUCUUCUUCUGAAGAACUGCAAAGCCAUGAUUAGUCAUUUUGAUAUGGAAGCAUCCUCAGGUAGUGUAGAUUCAAGUUUGUUAAAAUGAUGACCCCCUGGGAUAAGGUCGGGCCACAAUGCAGGAUCAAAAAUUUUACAUAAGAACAUAUAGGAAAAAUAUUUCUUCUCAAAAACAGAAAAGCUAUGUUUAGUCAUAUUGAUAUGGAAGCAUCCUCAGGUAGUGCAGAUUCAAGUCUGUUCAAAUGAUGACCCCUGGGAUAGGGAGGAGCCACAAUGGGGGAUCAAAUUUUUACAAAGGAAUAUAUGGGAAUUUUUUUUUAAAAUCUUCUCAAGUACAACAAAGCCAUUUGUUAUAUUGACAUGGAAGCAUCAUCAGGUAGUUUAAAAUUCAAGCCCCCCCCCCCCCCCUCCCCAGUAAUCUUUUCAAUACUGAACUGUUUUGUGCUUUUGCCAAGGCAAUGUACUCAGGUGAGCGAUGUGGCCCAUGGGCCUCUUGUUUGGUGGUUGUUUCGUUAUCAAGAUAUGUAAUGUGAAUGACUGUUCCCCUUUUGUUAGAAGCAUGUUUAUUUAGUUUUAAUCCACAAUUUGUACUUUCCAUUUGAAACAUAACACUGUGUAUACAGUGUACAAAUGAAAUAGAAGACUAAAUUUGUUACCAAGGUGAAACAUAAAAUUGCUUCAAAUGGUGUCCUAAUUUAGAAGUAAGUUAACAUUGAAAUUAAUUUCCUCACCCAAUAAUCACUUAUAUCCUUGGAAAAAUGGAAAUAAUUUUUUAAGGGUCACCAAAGUAAUUUGAAAGUGGUGUCUUAACAUUUUAUUUAAAAAACAACAAUAAAAAAACCCUGGUAUUUAUUUUAAAUUCAUGAUUUGGUACAUUGAAAGAGAAAUAAAAAUUGACAAAUUCCUCUUCAUAUUGUAGGAUAUUUACAUACCAGUAACUUCAAUUUCUUGCAGAAUUAGCUUUUGCUAGUAUUAUAAGUCUCAGAUUUAGAAAAAACAAUCUUAUUUUUUUAUGAAAUUUGAUAAACUGUUAAACGUAGUAAUAUAGAGGAUGGUAACAAUAUGUUUAUUAUUAUGUAAGACUGAAAUGGCGAAGUUUUAGUAUGUGUGAUACCAGAAGCUGAAAUCAUAAUCUAGUCAAGAGAGCAACAGGUGUGCUCAUAUUGUAAAUCAAGCAAUAUUUACCAAAAAAAAUCUUGCAUGUAAAAGAACUUUCAGUUUAUUAUAUUAUAUUAAAGUAUAAGCAUUAGUAAUAACUUAGUGUUGUCUAAUAGUGUAAGAUAAUUCCAUUGUUACUCAGGGGUUAAGGAGUAUUUUGAUAAAUAUUGCAGUAAUGUUACAAGCUUUGCUAUUUUUACCCUCUCCUCAUUGGCAAAUUAAAGGCUGGAUUAUUUCAUUUUCAUUUCAAAAAGAGAAUAUAUUGGUAAGAAAAUGAUGUCCAUGAAUGAGUGACAGCCUAAAACAGAUAAUAAUUACACAAGUUUUUAUGGUGAUAGAAAUUAAUUUUAUACCAUAUUUGCUGUAGAAUAGUCUUAUGUUGAUUAUAUGUUAAGCAUUCCAUAUACAGAACAUUGUCUGCCAUUUGUGAAAAAGAAAUUUGAAAAUGAAGUAUACUGCAUGUUAUAGUCAGAUUUGUAUAUGUAUUCAUAAUGAUAUAUAUAAUGUAGAGAAUUUAUCAGCUAUAUUUGACAAAAUGCUGUAUUUGUUGAUUUUAAAUAAAUUUUAUCUAUUUUU